AACACUUCUUUCAUUCCAUCUAAAUCUCUUCCUGCAGUAGACAUUCUUGUCAGUACUUGAACAUUGCAGCUUCCAUCCAACAGUUGUUCCGUCAUGACCGUGGACAAGAUCGAUGUAACCGGCGACCCGAGGGUCGAGCGCCGCUCGGCAAACGUCAAUGGCAAGACAUACGGCUACCUCUACAGCGAGCCCGAAUCAGGAGUUUAUCGGGCAACAAUCUUCCUCCUCCAUGGCUUCCCCGACCUAUCCAUGGGAUGGCGCUACCAAAUUCCCAUGUUGAUUUCCAUGGGUCUGCGAGUCGUCGCGCCAGAUUGUCUAGGAUACGGCCGAACAGACGCACCCGAAGAAAUAGAACUAUAUUCUCAUAAAAGCUGCGCCAACGACAUCAAAGAACUCGCAAUCCAACUAGACGCUCCCGAGAUCAUCCUCGGCGGACAUGACUGGGGCGCCGCCCUCGCCUACCGCGUCGCGCUCUGGCACCCGGAGCUCGUAACGCACAUCUUCACAGUCUGCGUGCCAUACGCAGCGCCAACCCGGAAAUACCUCGCACUAGAAGAAAUGGUAGAGAACAUUGCGCCGCAUUUCGCGUACCAGCUGCAAUUCCGGAGCGGGAAUCUUGAAGAUGUCAUCUUUAGCAAGGAAGAUAUCGAGAAGUUCUUGUCGGCGCUGUAUGGCGGUCGCACGGAUGAUAGGGACGUGGCGUUUGAUGCCGAGUAUGGGGUUUUGUUGGAUCGGAUGGAACUUGUCAGGCCGUCGCCUUUGUUGAGUGAGGUGGAACUGGAAUACUAUGCGAAUGAAUUCUCGAGGAAUGGGCUGAGAGGGCCGUUAAACUGGUACCGCACACGAGAGAUAAACUACGAAGAAGAGCUCGCCAUCCUGAACGCACGCAUCACGGCCCCGUUACUAUUCAUUCAAGCGCUGAAGGACUCCGCGCUGCCGCCUCAUCUAGGAAAAGGAAUGACGAGGACGGUGCCGCAUUUGACGUACAAGCAGGUGAACACGGGGCAUUGGGCGCUGUGGCAGGAGCCGGAGGAGGUGAAUGAGAUUAUUGCGUGGUGGUUGAAGGAGGUGGUGUUUAAGAGUUUGAGGAUGUCGAGGUUGUGAGCUUUGAUUGAUUCUGAUGGGGGUGGUAUGUAUGGGUAGUGCUGAAGUGUACCUUUUUGUACGCAUAUCCUGCUUGAUUGGUUGAUUGUAUUCUUAGGUCUCUUUUGGGAUUAUCCGCUGGGCGGGAUUAUAUUGAGGAUUGUUUGGGAUUUACAGGUUAUUGAAAAUGGGUUACCAGUACUAGGAUCAAGUCAUUUAUAUAAGUAACAUGGAGGUCGGCAUAUGAGAG